UAUGCAGGUCGAGAAUUGCAUCUCGCCAGCGAGUGAUCUCUCCAAGAAAUUUAUGAAUGUGGGCAGUGGCUUUGCGAGCUCCGAUGGAUCUGAGCUUCCGUUGCAGGACCAUCCUAUUAUAUCUGCAAGUGACAACCUGGAGAGAAGUUCACCUCUGAAAAAAAACUCUAGGGAGAUGACGAAUCAGUCAGAGGCAGACAAUUUUCCCGACUCCAAGGACGCAUCAGGGGACGUCCAGAGGGGCAAACUCUCUCCUGGUCUUCACGGAGUCUCUGACAUCCGUCAUAAUUUCGAUGGAUCUGCAGGAGAAAGGUGCAUCUUUUCUCCAUCCACCCAGCCGCAGCCAGUCUCAGCAGCUCCCAGUGCCAUGUUCCCGUACCCGACCCAGCAUGGACCAGCGCACCCGGCUUUUUCUAUUGGAAGUCCCAGCCGCUAUAUGGCCCAUCACCCGGUCAUAACUAAUGGAGCUUACAACAGCCUUCUGACCAACACUUCUCCUCAAGGCUACCCGGCCGCGGGCUACCCUUACGCGCAACAGUAUGGACACACGUACCAAGGAGGGGCUUUUUACCAGUUCUCCACGGCGCAGGCAGGACUGGUUCCCGGGAAAGCGCAGGUGUAUCUGUGCAACAGGGCCCUGUGGCUCAAGUUCCACAGACACCAGACAGAAAUGAUCAUCACAAAGCAGGGACGACGAAUGUUCCCAUUUUUAAGCUUCAAUAUUUCUGGCCUCGACCCAACUGCUCACUACAAUAUAUUUGUGGAUGUAAUACUCGCUGAUCCAAAUCACUGGCGCUUUCAAGGAGGCAAGUGGGUGCCAUGUGGGAAAGCAGACACAAAUGUAAUAGGAAACAGGGUUUAUAUGCACCCGGACUCUCCAAACACCGGAGCGCACUGGAUGCGUCAGGAAAUAUCAUUUGGAAAGCUAAAGCUGACAAACAACAAAGGUGCCUCCAAUAACACAGGGCAGAUGGUGGUCCUCCAGUCCCUCCACAAGUACCAGCCCAGGCUCCAUGUGGUGGAAGUAAACGAGGAUGGGACAGAGGACACCAGCCAGCCAGGAAGAGUCCAGACUUUCACCUUCACAGAAACGCAGUUCAUCGCCGUCACAGCUUACCAGAACACCGACAUUACGCAACUAAAAAUCGACCACAAUCCGUUUGCCAAAGGAUUUCGGGACAACUAUGACACUGUCUACACAGGCUGCGACAUCGACCGCCUAACUCCAUCACCGGGUGACUCUCCGCGUUCACAGAUCGUGCCGGGUGCGAGAUAUGCCAUGCCUAGCUCUUUCCUGCAGGACCAAUUUGUCAGCACUUAUGCCAAAUCUCGCUUUCACCCUGGCGUGGGGACUGGUCCUGGCACGGAGCGCAGCGUCCCACUCGGCAACAGCUUGCUGUCCCCGCAGCAAAGCGACGAGCCCACUGUUGCCACCCCCCCGCAGCGAUGGUUUGUCACCCCUGCCAACAACCGACUGGACUUUGCUGCCUCGGCAUACGACGCCGCUGAUUUCGCCGGUAACGCGGCCACCUUGCUGUCCUACGCAGCGGCCGGAGUGAAGGCUCUUCCCCUGCCGACUGCAGGCUGCUCCAACCGGCCUCUUGGCUAUUACGCAGACCCGUCGGGCUGGGGAGGACGCACGCCGCCGCAGUACUGUGGCGUAAACAGCAAAUCCAGCUCGGUCUUUUCCUGCUGGCCCGCUAACUCUCUGGGUAGCAGAGCGAGCACCAACUACCUGGCUGAGGAGGGGGACUCCAUCCCGACGGAGAGGUCCCCCAUCGGAGGCUCAGAGGAGACCAAACCCAAAGACAUGACUUCAGAGUCGAGCUGGAUAGAGACGCCUUCCUCCAUUAAGUCCAUCGACUCGAGUGAUUCUGGGAUCUUUGAACAGGCCAAGAGGAGGAGAAUCUCACCUUCUGCCACGCCGGUUUCAGAGACAGUGUCCCCGUUAAAAUCUGAGCUGUUGGCACCCAGGGAGUGUGAGAAAAACUGCACAAAGGACAUUGGUUAUUACAGUUUCUAUCCUCACAGUUAAAACAACAAAAAUCCAUCUAUCUAUCCAUCUAUCUAUCCAUCUAUCUAUCUAUCUAUCUAUCUAUCUAUCUAUCUAUCUAUCUAUCUAUCUAUCUAUCUAUCUAUCUAUCUAUCUAUCUAUCUAUCUAUCUAUCUAUCUAUCUAUCUAUCUAUCUAUCAACAGCUUAAUCAAUAAAAACUAAAAGAUGAAAAGGACUGUCACCUCCACAGUUAAAGGCCAAAGUGUAAAUUCUUCCAUGGCUCGGGCGCCUUGUCUCCAGAAAACACUGUAAUUGUGAAUAUACUGUAUAUAAUAAUAUUUGGUGAUAGUGAUUGGAUGUACACAGAAUAGAUUAAAUCAUAAGUAGUGUUUUAAAAAAAUAAGAAGAAGCUCUUCUGUUGAGUAGCCUAGUAAAGAAAGAUAUGGAGAAUCUUGUACAUGAAAUGUUCUUGUGUAGCAUAUGCUGGCAUAUUAAUCCCUGUCAGUGAAAAAAAUGAUGUAUUUUGUACUUUAUCAAAGCUGUAGGCUACCCAAAAGUUUAUCACCGCUACAUUCAUGAUACAUGUGCUUAAAGAAGUUAUAAAUGUUGGUAAUGUAGACUUAGAGUCUUUUUUAUUAUCAUUUCAGCCGGUUAUUUUUUAUAGCCUGUAUGCUAUGCUGUUGUGGAAAUCUCUGUAUCUGCUGUAAUGUGAUUGAAACAUAAUAAAUGAUGUU